AUGGCCGCCGCAGAGACGCGCAGGCUGCUUGAGCAGCUUAUGGGCGAACAGCUCAUGAGCGGAACCGACCAGCGCGCGCCCCAGCUAAACAUCAACGACACCAAGGUCUGUCGCUCCUACCUCGUAGGCAACUGCCCCCACGACCUCUUCACCAACACCAAGAACGAACUGGGUCCCUGUUCCAAGGUGCACAACGAGGCGCUCCGGACCGAGUACCAGGAGGCAGACGCGGAACAGAAGCGCAAAUGGGGAUUCGAGUUUGACUACAUGCGCGACAUGCAGCAUCACAUUGACAGCUGUAAUCGCAAGAUAGACACUGCCCAGCGCCGCCUGGAGAAGACGCCUGAAGAGAUCAGGCAGACCAACGCUCUUCUCAAAGCGAUCAACGAACUGACCAAAUCGAUCGACGCCGGUAUGCUCGAGAUCCAAAUCAUGGGCGAGGAAGGCAUGGUCAACAUGGCCGUCCAAGAGUUCACCAAGGUCCGUUACAAGAAAGCUGAGAAGGAGGAGCGCGAGAGGGAGCUGCGUGCUCUGUCAGACACCGGAGGUCCGUCUGGUCACCAGAAGCUUCAAGUGUGCGACGUAUGUGGUGCGUAUCUCAGCCGUCUUGACAAUGAUCGGCGUCUAGCAGACCACUUUUACGGAAAGAUGCAUCUCGGCUACGCUCAAAUGCGCAAGUCCUACGAAGCCCUGACCAAGGAGCUCAAGGACCGCCAGCCACCCCGCAAUUCCUACGCUCCCUCCGGCGGCGACAUGGACCGAGGCGGCGGUGGAGGUUGGGGAGGAGGUGGUGGUGGAUACGGCGGCGGUGGCUUCCGUGGUGGACGAGGAGGUCGUCGCGGAGGCAGAAGAGGCGCUUGGUAA